AUGGCUGCAGAAGAGAAAUGGGAAAGCUGGGCUUCAAAACAGCAUAGUGGGCAUGAACAGGGAGGUGAAAAAGAACCAUGUGUGUUUCUGGGCCAGCGGCUGGGUGAACCAGGAAGAUUUGCUUACGCGGCACUUUGUGGGAUAUCCCUGGCAUGGCUGUUCCCCGAAAAAGAGCAAAGCUCCUUCAGGAAUGAAUUCAUUGAGGACUUUGUGAAAUGGCUGGACCUGCCCGCUGCUGUCUUACCCGACUUAGGAGGUGAGGGCACAGAAGCUUUUGCCCAGAUUUUGCUGAAGGAUCCCAUCUUGAAAGAAAAUCCAGCUGUCAUUACCCAGGACCUUCUAUCCUUCUCUCUUAGAGAUGGGUACUACGAUGCUCGAGCGAGGGUGUUGAUCUGCCACAUCACCUGGCUGCUCAGAAUCCCCUUGGAGGAGCUGGAAGUCCUGGAGGAAUCUCUGCUUGAGAGCCUGAAGGAACAAAAAGAGGAAGAGUCAGAAACUGCAGAAGUAUCAAGAAAAAGGAAAGAAAGAAGAAAAAACCUCAAAAGAUACCUGCUGAUCGGUUUGGCAACCGUUGGGGGCGGAACAGUGAUCGGCUUGACGGGGGGUCUUGCUGCCCCUCUGGUUGCUGCGGGAGCUGCCACUGUCCUUGGAAGUGCUGGAGCAGCUGCUUUAGGUUCGACUGCUGGAAUUGCUGUCAUGGCAUCCCUUUUUGGAGCAGCUGGAGCUGGACUUACUGGAUACAAGAUGAAGAAGCGUGUGGGAGCCAUAGAAGAGUUUGAAUUCCUCCCACUUACUGAAGGAAAGCAGCUUCAUAUCACCAUAGCAAUUACUGGAUGGCUGUGCACUGGCAAAUAUGGGAGCUUCACAGCACCAUGGAGCAGCAUGUUGCGGUCGAGGGAGCAAUAUUGUCUGGCCUGGGAAUCCAAGUAUUUGAUGGAGCUUGGCAACGCCUUAGAUUCCCUGCUGAAUGGUUUUGUGAACAUGAUGGCUCAAGAAGCCCUAAAAUUCACUGUCUUGUCAGGUAUUGUAACGGCCUUGACUUGGCCAGCUUCGCUCUUGACUGUUGCCAGUGUCAUUGACAACCCCUGGGGAGUGUGUCUCCACCGGUCUGCUGAAGUAGGCAAACACCUAGCACAUAUCCUGCUCAGUCGACAGCAGGGCAAGCGACCUGUCACACUGAUUGGCUUCAGUCUGGGUGCAAGAGUCAUUUACUUCUGCCUGCAGGAAAUGGCUCAAGAAAAAGGUUCUCAGGGGAUCAUUGAAGAUGUGGUCUUACUGGGAGCUCCAGUGGAAGGAGAAACCAAGUACUGGAAAGCUAUCACAAAAGUGGUGUCGGGCAGGAUCAUAAAUGGUUACUGCAGGGGGGACUGGCUGCUGGGGUUUGUGUACAGAACCUCUUCUGCCCAGAUCAAUGUUGCAGGCCUCCAGCCAGUCGACUUGGAUGACCGGAGGAUGGUAAACAUGGACCUUUCGUCUGUAGUGAACGGCCACCUGGACUACAUGAAGCAAAUGGACAUGAUCCUAACAGCUGUGGGCAUUAAAACCAAGGAGUGUCGGCUGGAAGAGAAGGGCAGAGGCAAUCUUCUCUCCCCUCUAGCCAAGAAAUCACAGCAGGCAGCAGGCAGCGAGGCUCACGAAGAGGAAAACACCGUGCGAGAGGAGGAUGCGGCUGACGGUGAGGCUCUCCCAGCCAGCUGUGCUCACCACCGUGGUUCUCCUGGCUGUGCCUUGGGACAAACCUCGCUCCCCUGCCCAGACUGUUCAAACAGCAGGGACAGCAAGAAACAGGCAGCGGGCGAAGGAGCAAAUUAGAGCUCUUCGUGUUGGGCAGAGAUGCUCAGCCAGCACUAA